GUGUCCAGCCCCGCGGGCGGGCCUCGCGCGUCAGUCCCUGGGCAUGCGGCCGGGCGGGCGGAGGCGGUGGACACGGACGGCGGUCGCGGGAGGCCGGGACGGCAGGUUCACAAUCAGCACUUUCAAAAAGGAUGUUUGAUGCCAGAAACAAAAAGCCAGUUUGCUGAAUUCUUUUCCCACUCAUUACUGAUUGCUGCAAGUCUCAGGGCAGGCCUGGGGUGACUGCAGGUGCCUCCUAGUGGAAGCAUACCCGGAAGCCAUUUUCAAGAACUUUUGCCACAGGUGUAAAAGACUCCUGCCUUGCAAAGAUGCUGAAACAGAUACUGUCGGAGAUGUAUAUAGAUCCUGAUCUGCUGGCAGAGCUCAGCGAAGAGCAGAAACAGAUCCUGUUCUUCAAGAUGAGGGAGGAACAGAUCCGUCGAUGGAAAGAAAGAGAAGCAGCAAUGGAAAAAAAGGAGCUCGUGCCAGUGAAAUCCAGACCAAAGAAAGAGAAUGGCAAAUCUGUUCAUUGGAAACUGGGAGCUGAUAAGGAAGUCUGGGUCUGGGUGAUGGGUGAACACCAUCUAGAUAAGCCCUAUGAUGUGCUCUGUAAUGAAAUUAUUGCUGAGAGAGCCCGGCUGGCAGCAGAGAAAGAUGCAGAAGAGCUCAGAAAAACUCAAAACAAAGAGUUCGCAAAUAGUCUGAAAACAACACAAUGCUACUAUGAUGCGCAGCAGCCAGAUAACUUGGAGACUCAGGACAUGUGUAAGAAAGCAAUAGAAGAGAAGUUGGGGCAGCUCUCUAGACCAGCACACCCCCAGGAAAAAGAGAAAGCUACAUCACCCUCCAGUUCCUCAAGAAAUAUUCAAGAAAUGUUGGCAGAUUCUAUCAAUCGUAUGAAGGCAUAUGGAUUUCACCAGAAAAAAGGAUCCAUGAAGAAUCCACAAGAUGAAGAAGUAAAACAAGUAGAUGAAGAGAAAACCAAGCAAAUCUACAAGAACUGGAAGGAAGAUUCUGAGUGGCAGGCAUCAUUGCGGAAAUCUAAAGCAGCCGAUGAAAAAAGACGAUCCUUGGCUAAACAAGCACGGGAGGACUACAAGAGAUUAUCUCUAGCUGCCCAAAAAGGAAAAGGCGAGGGUUCACAGAACCUCCCAUGCAUUCCACAAAAACCAAAAAGACCUCCACUUCCACCCAAACCUCUAUUUCUGAGCCCAGCUGGAUACCCUAAAAAAUCUCUCAGAAAUCAGGAUGUGACAAGGACAUCAUCCAGCUCUGUCCAGGAGGAGAUCAUCCGUUGGUUCAAAGAGGAGCAGUUUCCCCUGCAUGCUGGCUAUGAGAAAACCUCAGCAACCAUUGCUCCCUGGUUCCAUGGAAUUAUCACACUAAAAAGAGCAAAUGAACUUCUGAGCACAUGCGUGCCAGGCAGUUUUCUAAUCCGUGUCAGUGAAAAGACCAAAGGAUAUGCCCUGUCCUAUUUGUCUGAGGAAGGGUGUAAACACUUCCUCAUUGAUGCCUCUGCAGACUCCUACAGCUUCCUGGGCGUAGACCAACUACAGCACAACACACUGGCAGACUUGGUGGAGUAUCACAAGGAGGAGCCCAUCACCUCGCUGGGGAGGGAGCUCCUUCUGUAUCCCUGUGGUCAGCAGUCCCAGCCGCCCGACUACUUGGAGCUCUUUGAGUGACAGCCCCAUUGCAUCAUUCUACACUUCUGACUGGGCUUCUUCUCAUCAAACACUGUGGAAAUAGACAUUUGUAUGUCAAGCCAAAAAUCACGCUUCAGAAAAGCCAAUACUGGGAAGUAUCGUUAAAAAUGUUGGAAAUCUUUCUGUACAAAUGCUGGAGUUAAGUUCUAAGAAAAAAAUAACUUCAUCUUUUUGUGCUGCAAAAGAAAAAGAAAGAAGAUUCUUGAUUUGGACAACUAUCUUAAUGAUAUCUGUAAGGCAAAAUGAACAAAGAAGAAAUUCCCCUGGGGCAUUCAGGUGGACUUAAAAACUAAGUAGCUCUUGUGAACUAUUUCAUGAUCUUCACAUUUCUGAUUUGUGUCACCUCAAAAGGCCUUAAGGUUAAGUUUAUAUGAAGUUUUGUGUUGAUUGUGGAAAGUUGUGGGGGAAAGGUUGGGAUGAUCCUCAGACAUACGUCACUUAUUGUGUUUGUUGGAACUGGGAUACAAGAGACAUGGAAACACAUGGAACUGCAAAUGAAAGGUAGUUUUUAAGUGUGUGUGAGAGGCUUAGCAUGUCCAAAAUGACUAAACUAUUGGAAAGUGCACAGACCUCUGUGAGUGUGUUUUCUGAUUCUGGAGAAUCAAAAUAGCUCCUGUCUGCCUGACUCUGCUCCUUCUUGGCACACAGAGCCUUCUGAGAAUUCACCCAGAGGGAAGGCAUGUGUGCACAGUGAGGAGCUAUUUCUUAGUUCUGGUAGACAAGAGAAUAGUGGGCUAUUUGGAUGCUAUCUGUGAGGGCUGAAUUUUAGUCCCUGAAAACUUUGUUGAGUCUUAACCUCCUAUAUCUGUGAUAAUGGCCUUAUUUGGAAACAAUGCCUUUUAUCAAGAUAUCAAGUUUAAGAGAGGUCAUACUGGAUGCAAAUGAUCUCCCUAAAUUCAAUGACUGGUGUCCUUUAAAGAAAAUUUGGGAACUUGGACACAGAUGCCACGUGGAGAGGCAAUAAGACCAUAAACACGCAGACUGGAAUGAUGUGGCUGCAAGCCAGGGACACUGAAGAUCACUGAUAACCACCAGAACUGGAAAGAAUGAGGCAAAAAGUAAUUCAUCCUGGAAUUUACAAGAAAAUGGCCCUGCUUCUGACACCUUGAUUUAAAAUUCCAAGUCUUCAGAAUUAAGAGAGAAUAAAUUUAUGUUUUCUUGAACCACCACAUUGAUGGCCAUUUGUUACAGAAGAUCUUGGAAAUUUAUAUAGAAGUUUGUAUGAUUACCAGAUGUGAUAUAUGUUAUAUAUCAUUUGUUGCUGUAUAGUAUGCUUCUUCAUAAAUAGAAAGGGGACACAAGAGUAAUCUCCUACAUGGCUUUUUUAAGCCCUGGGGAAAGCUUUGCUCAUCCAGGUGGCUUAUGUCCACUACAUUCUUACCCCUAUCCCUGGUGACUCUCAGGUUAGCCCCAAUAAGGGGCAUCGGGGUCAGCAUUGGAUACUUGGAACUACUUCCCAGAUAUUCUACUGGGAAAAAAUUGACCUUUACAUUUUAAAAAAUUUUAUUGAAUAACCAUGAGAUAGUUACAAGCUUUCAUGUUUGGGUUACAAUCACACAAUGAUCAAAUACCCAUCCCU